UACCAGGUACUGAAAAGGGAAAUGUUCUGGUCUCUUUUACUUUCAAACAUUUUUCAGGUUUUCAACAACUUUCAAGGAGUUAGUUGAAGCCGUGUGAAUUAUAACUUGAAAAAACUUCCCAAUAAAUACAGAAGCUAUUCUUACAACAGCUUCACAGGAAGAGGUCACAGCCAGGCAUGGGAAAGAAGGAGCCUCCUGCUGGCUGCAGCUCUCACUUGGGGGUCACUCUCUCCUCUCUCUCUGUACACAGUUUCAUCCCAGUUACUGCUUGCUCAGACCUCAAUAAUUAGUAACCCUGAGCACAAAUCAGAUCCAACUUAUACAAGCACAUGGCACAGCUGGGCUCCAAAGAGGACUGGGCAUCUGUAGCACUUGACAUUCAAACCAUUGGCACAAAGUCAACAUUUUGUAGAGCACAUUAAAUGUUUUAGUUUGAGAGCUAAUGCAGCAUUUCCACUGAUCAACAGGAGCAGCCCAGGCAAAAAGCAAAGUAUAUUUCCCUCAACAUCAGUCGCUGGCCCAAUUGUUGCCUACAGAGACCUUAAGAGGCCUGAACAACUGGCUUCUCUCUCCUUAGAAGUUAGAAAAUGAUGAAUUCCACCACCUCUCAGCCUCCGGUGGAGUCCUGUUCCAGAAACCCUCUCAUCACGCAGCAAAUCAUUCCUGUGCUGUACCUGCUGGUCUGUGUCGCAGGGGUUCUGCUCAAUGGUGUGUCGGGCUGGAUCUUCUGCUACGUGCCCAGCUCCAAGAGCUUCAUCGUCUAUCUCAAGAACAUUGUCGUCGCCGACUUCCUGAUGAGCCUGACAUUUCCCUUCAAGAUUCUCAGUGAUGCAGGCCUGGGCCCCUGGCAGCUGGGCGUGUUCGUGUGCAGGGUGUCGGCAGUGCUCUUCUACAUCAACAUGUACGUUGGCAUCACCUUCUUCGGGCUCAUCAGCUUUGACAGAUAUUACAAAAUUGUGAAGCCUCUCCUGACUUCUUUCAUCCAGUCAGUGACUUACAGCAAACUCCUGGCAGUGGGGGUGUGGCUGCUGAUGCUCCUCCUCGCUGUCCCCAACAUCAUCCUGACCAACCAGAGUGUUAAGGACAUGACACAUAUAAAGUGCAUGGAGCUUAAAAACGAACUGGGACUCAAGUGGCACAAAGCAUCAAACUACAUCUUCGUGGGCAUCUUCUGGAUCGUGCUCCUUCUGCUCAUCGUUUUCUACACCGCCAUCACGAGGAAAAUCUUCAAGUCCCAUCUGAGGUCCAGAAAGAACUCCAUUUCCGUCAAGAGGAAAUCGAGUCGCAACAUAUUCAGCAUCAUGUUAGUGUUCUCUGUCUGCUUCGUGCCUUACCACAUUGCCAGGAUCUCCUACACACAGAGCCAAACAGGAGGCUCUUACAGCUGCCGGACCAAGGAAAUCUUGCAGUAUGUGAAAGAAUUCACUCUGCUGCUGUCAGCGGCAAACGUGUGCUUAGACCCCAUUAUUUAUUACUUCUUAUGCCAGCCAUUUAGAGAAACUUUGUGUAAGAAAUUGCGCAUCCCACUAAAAGCUCGGAAUGACCCAGAAAUGUCCAAAACCAGGAGGGGAAAUACGAUACAUGAAAGCACAGACACGCUGUGA